AUGGACCACAUCAUUCACUUUGAUGCUGGUAGGAUUCUAGAAUUUGCGUUGGUAUCGCUGCAACAAACACUCAGAGGUAAAGAGGAAAGACCAGUGAAACGAAAGAGAUCUACAUUUAAUUACUUGGCGAUCGAUAAUUUAGACUAUGUAGAAGUCAACGAAUUGCUCAAGGCAAGUAGCAAUAAAGAUCUAAACUCCCCUCAUAUUGAAAAGUUAUCAAAUAAAGAAGCGGAUACUAGGAAUAAGAUCGUAUUGGCAGAAAGAAAGAUUCAAAUUGAUUCGCAGUUACCGGUUGAACCGAAUCAAUUCUUGCCAUCCGAAGAAGGUGGAUUCAUCAAACUGGUAUCUGUAGACUCGGAGAAUGGUAAUGAUCAACAUGCGUUCACUACUGACGAAAUCAAAAUAUCAUUUUCAGAUGUGAAUGAUCCGUUACUUAGCUACCUAUGA